AUGCUGGACGACUCUCGCCAGUACUUGCAGGUUGGCCGAGGAGAGGUUUUCGGCCCCACUGCCAUCGCCCAAAUGGUACUAGCAGUGAGCCGUCUGCGGGAGGAGCAUGCCGGCGGGCUGGCGCAGCAGCACCAGCAGGAGCUGGAGGCCAUCAACAAUGAGAUGGCCAGGAGGACGGAUGAGCUUCGAACGGAGCAGCAAGAGAAGCUGCGUGAGAGAGAGGGCAAGCUGUGGCAGCAGCAGAAGGAUCUGUCCGCGAAGUACGCCCAGCUGCAGGCAGAGUACGAGCAAGCGCAGCAGGAGGCCAGUAGCAGUCUCCAGGCUCGGGAUGCUUUGGAGAGAGCCGUCCAGACAGCAUGGGAUCAACAAGUGGAGCUUGAGCGGAAGCUGGAGGGCAGUCGCGCAGACUGCGAGGCCCGCGAGGUGCAGCUGAUGAAGCUUCAGCAAGAGCACGGCAGCUUGCAGCAGCAGCAUACGGAGCUGCAACAGGCCCACAAGUCCCUGCAAAGGGAGCAUAAGCGAUUGCAGACCGAGCACGCAGGUGCAGUCCAGGCACGGGAGCAGUUGACCAGCGACUUCGAGCGGGAACGACAAAGCCUGCAAGCCGACAUCUCGGAUGCAAAGGCAGCCGCAUUCGACACAAUCAUGCAGAUGCGAGCUUCGAGGACCUCGCCUGCCGCGAUCCGACGAGACGACGAAGAGACGAUUCACCAGUCCGACUUUGACUUCGGGUCGCUUCAUCAGGCUGCGGCUCAGCUCUUCGAGCAGCCCAAGCCAGUUCCUGAAAGCGUCCAGCACAAGGUCAUCGAGGUCUUCCGGCGGUCUGGCAGCCGGGAGAUGGAUGCAAAGACUUUUCGGGACCUUUGGAACCGCGCCUUCCCGCACGAGAAGCUGGAGUUCAAGGAUUACGGCGAUGUCAAAGGCUUGCUGGGCAACAUCCCUAUUGUCGAGAAGGCCAGGAUGUGCGGUUAA